AUUAAUUGAUUAAUGCACCCAAUGACGUGAAUGUCGUUAUGGCUGCUCCAGUAAAGAAGCGUGAAAUUCAGCAAAAGUUGCAUGACGAUGACGAGAACCACAUUUCGUCCAGCAGUGAGGACGAGGAAUAUGAGAUCGCAAAUAAGCAGGGGAUAGAGUUUCAAGUGGAUUUUGAGGGUCGCAAUCCACAAGAUCCAGACUAUCAUGGAAUUAAAACAUUACUGCAACAACUUUUCCUUAAAGCACACAUUGACUUGGGUGGAUUGACGGAUUUAAUAAUUUCUCAAAAUUAUGUAGGAUCAGUCGUUAAACAAUCUGAAGAAAUUGAUGAAUCUGAUGAUGAUGAGGAUAGUAAUGACAUCAAUGAUGUAUUUGGUAUUACAACUGUCAUUAAUGUUUCUGAUAAACAGAACAUUUUGUGUAUACAACAAUUGAGACAUCUAUUGAAACAGCUAGCAGAUGAACACGCAACUGAUGCAGUUAAUACUAUGAUAAAAAAUGUACUGGAGAAUGACGCAGCGCAAUUGGGUUUGCUCAUUAAUGAGAGAUUUGUUAACAUUCCCGCCAAGAUUUCAGUACCACUUCUUGAAAACCUAAUUUCCGAAUUGAAACGUGCCAAUAACAGAAAUAUGCCAUUUAAUUUUUCCUAUUACAUACUUAUAUGUAAAUUGUACAAGUCAGAAGAUAAAAGAGCCGGGAAAAAGGCGAAAAGUAAGAAUAGGAACAGUACUGAACCAUCAAUAUUGUGGAGUAAUUCAGAAGAGGAGAUCUUUGCGGAAGAAGCAAUUGUUAGUUUCGAAUUUUCUGUCGAAGAAGAAGCGGACAGUGGUUUAUCCGGAACGUGGACUGAAACAGACGACGAGAUGAUACCUUAUAGACGAGUACUACUUUUUGAAGCUUCAAAAUUGCAAUCAAUAUUUGAUAAAAUACAGAAUCAGUUUUCUUAAUUAAUUUCAUAAAUUGUGCUAACAUUUUCUUAAACGAACGAUAUGGCUGACAAGAGAAGUUCGAUAAGUGUAAAAUAAAAAAAAUCUCUCUUUACAUAAGUUUAGAAUAGAUAGAGCUAAUAACGAACAAUUUUUUUUUAUACUUAGAUUUAUAUAUUCGAGAGAUGUCGUGUGAAAGUGACAGACUCAUGAUUAACAAAUCGCGAGUUUAAACCCCACAUCCGUAUAUACGCAGAAGAAUUUUGUAAUCCGUACUGACUUAGCAGGAGUCGAAGAGGAACUCUUUAGAUCUCUUUGACAUAUAGGGACUGAUGAUUCUAUCCAUACUCUCCAAUACUAUUACUUGGUUCAUCUACUUUAAACUUAUAUAAAGUUUGUUUUUUAUUUUACAUUUAUCGAACUUAUGAGUUCCUUGCAAAAUUUC